CUGGCAAUGGCCUGUACUAUCGAGAAGAUUCUGACGGAUGCGAGGACGCUGCUGGAAAGGUUGAAAGACCAUGACAACGCUGCGGAGUCUCUCAUUGACCAGUCCACUGUUUUGCACAAGCGGGUGGUGGCCAUGAAGGAGGCUGGCACAGCUCUUUCCCACAAGUACCAAGAAGAUGCGGCUGAGAUGAAAGACACAUCAAAAUACAAACCUCACAUCCUGCUAUCUCAGGAGAACACGCAGAUCCGAGACCUGCAGCAGGAAAACAGAGAGCUGUGGGUCUCCUUGGAGGAACACCAGGAUGCUCUGGAACUUAUUAUGAGCAAAUACAGAAAACACAUGCUACAGCUGAUGAUGAAAAGAAAAGAUAUAGAUGCUCAGCCGGUUUUGAAAGUGCAUCAAACUCAGUCUGCCGAAAUCGUGAAUGAAAUAGACAGAAUAUACGAAAUGGGAGAGGUGAUGAGAAAAGCUGUACAAGCAGAUGACGACCAGUACUACACUGUACAAGAAAAGUUAGCACAGUUGGAGCUGGAAAACAAGGAAUUGCGCACGUUGUUGUCAAUCAGCAGAGAAUCUAUUGAAGUGAGUCAAGAAGAGCUGCCUGAUGAUGCAUCUCAAUCCACAAAACAACUGCCUUUGAAUACUUGAUCCCAGAAACUGGUAACUGGGUUGCAGGAAAGUGUGUACUGCUUUUCCAAGGCGUUCCUUUACUCCUUCAUCAUUUCCUCUUGCAUAUCUUUCCUGCUGUUGCUGUAUUUCAGACUUGUGUCCUCUGUGCACUGAUUUGGAAGUCAUGCCCUCUGCUGGCCAAGAUUUGCCCAGCAUAGUCACAUAGAGAGCAUUUACAUUCCCUAGCACAUCCUCCC